AUGUCGCAUAAGAGUUUGUUGCUACGAGUGUGUUUAGGGAAGCGUAAUGAUCCUGACCUACAUUCUGCCCGCCUUUUUUCCUACCAGCUUAUCAAUUGGCCGCUGCUGUUUGACUGCCUGAAAUCUGGCUGCCUAAGAGCCUUCCAUUCCCUUCCUCGAUUACGCCAUAUGCGCGGAUUUUUAGUAGAUGAUGCUCAUGUCCAUGCCAAUGCACAUGUCAGUGCCUGGGAAUCUUCCUCUCCCUAG